AUGUCGUCGUCGUCGUCGCGAUUUGUGGUGAACUCCAACGCCUUGUUCAUCUGCGGCACCGGCGAGGGCGCCAUCUUGGUAAUCGACGCCGGAACUGAUCUGAAUCACGCCUCCUACUCCUCACUGACCUGGAAGAUUGUGGCGGCCAUAACUGCCAACAAACUCACCGGCGCGACGAUUCCGCGGGGGACGAUGGUACACAGAGCGCUAGAAAUCUUCGGGACGGUGAUCGAAGGCGGCGACCUGGACAAAUUGCGGGACGAGCUCUUCGAUUCCAAGCUUCUGGUCAACCGCGACGGCUACCAGGUCAAGUACUGGAACAAGAACGGGAACGGAGCUGGUGGAUUCGUAAUCGGAGGCAGCGAGAUGGCGAAGCUGAACAACUUGUUCGGUUGGGGGAAGUACGGGGUGAAGCCGGCGAUGACCACCGUGUGGAACCGCUACGUGGCCAGGGGUGCGGUGAUGGUGGAUUACGUGGCAGCGGAGGAGAGGCGGAAGGUGACGGCGGCGGAGUCCGAGAAACAGAGGAAGAAGUUGCGAGAGUCGGUUUUGAGGGCGGCGGAGAAGGAGGAGAUUGUGGGGCACUACAAGCGGAUUUUGGAGGAGAAUAAGGAGGUCAUGUGGGAGAAGGAGAGUGUGAAAGAGCUGCUGAGGGAAGUGAUUGAAGAGAAGAACAGGGUGGUUGAAGAACAGAGCAGGGUUAUAAAGGAGAAGGAAGUGGAGAUUCGGAGCUUGAAGGCGGAGAAGAAGAAGAAGAAGAAGAUUGAAUCUGAAAAUGGGACUGCUGGGAUUGGGGAUUCGACAUUCAUGAAUCAGUGUUUCCUUCUUUUCUGCUUUUUUCUCUUUUUUGUUUCUGCUUGUGUAGGCCUUAGUGUGCCCUUGGUUUAG